UUCCGGGCGCCCGUCGGCUGGAUGGCGCAGGUGGCGAUGGAGGCGGAGGCGAACCGCUGCGCCGUCCUCUUCUACGCCCACCAGGCCUUGCGGGCCUUCCGGGCCGGGAGCAGCCAGGACUUUCGGGAGCUGCGCGACGUCCUCGCUGCCAUCCUGGCGCGACCGGUGGCCCUGGAGGAGCCGAUCCAGAUCCAGCUGCGCAUCAUCCAGAUCCUCUCCAGGCUGGAGGAAGAUUGGAACAUUAAUUCAGAAACUGAGCUAACUCCUCUUGAAGACGUGCUUGUCCUUCUAGAGAGGCUUGCAGAGGAACGCCUCAUCAGUGUGGAAAUAACAGAGGAAAUAAAGAGAAGAAUAAAGGAAGCUGCUGUGAUCACAUGUAUUAGGAACAAAGAAUUUGAACAUGCCAGCAAAAUCUUAAGGGAACACAUGUCGCAGGACCACAACCGCAAGCAAAUUAAAGAUAUUUUGCAUCAUGCCGUCCAAGAGAAAAAUUCUUCUCACCCGGCCAUCUGCCAGUUCUCCUACAACGCUUUCCAGCAGCAGAUUCUUCUCUUCUUUGAACCUUACUUGGAUAAUUCUGAGCCAUUUCUCUUAGUGAUGGCAAAAAAGUAUUGCGAUGAACGUCUGGAGUCCAAGAAGAGCCCAGCAGGAGCAGCUGGCAAGGAGAAACAAGAGGCCCCCAAGACCUCUGGGACAGCAAGUGGAGAGGGAGCAGGACAACUCAGUGAGGCAGGAGGACGGCCGGAGUCUGGAGCAGGAACUGGAGAAGCAGCAGCAAAAUCUUUGCCACCACCAGAUGAACAUGAAGUUAUGGAGUGCUUGGAGGCAGCCGGUGAGCCCACCAAAGCAUCCCCACAGGUGGAAGGAGCAACAGGGACAGCAGAGCCUGAUGCCACGGCCCCCGUGCCUGCAGCGUCCGAUGACUCCACUCAGGCCUCAAGCCUGAAGCCGGCUUUCUAUGUGCUUUCUGUGCUGAGAGAAGCCUUCAAGAGUCUUUCUGAUGCCCCAGACCCCGAGGAGGCAUUCUUGCUAUUGGACAAGACUGAUUGGACUUACUCCAGGCCACUCUUGCCUUCCAGCUCCCCCAGAGCUAAGCACCAGAAGAUGGGAGACACCACUGUCCUCAGCGGAGAGAAAAUCCAAUACCAUCGUUCUAUAGCCAACACCGUGCUGGGUAAAGAGGAAAAAUGCAAGAAAUCCGGGAAGUUGAUUGCAAAGACACCUGUGACUUUGCAAGUCCAGCCAUCCAAGCAGAAAGAGAUCCCCUUAAGUACACCGUGCCAAGGUUCCAGGGAGAACAAGCAAGUCACUCCUCCCCUUCUGCAAGAAGACAAGGAACACUGGAGCGAUGAAGAAGAGAUGUUCAUGGAUCAUAAAUCCGAGGGGUCAGUUGGCACCGACUUCACUGGGUCCAAGAGGAAGUGGACCCAGGAGGAAUCGGCCUGGAUAAAGAAAGGCGUGGAAAAGUUUGGGGAAGGCAACUGGAAGGUCAUUUCUCGAAGCUACCCUUUUAAGGAUCGCACCGCAGUGAUGAUUAAAGACAGGUGGCGGACUAUGAAAAAAUUGGGUCUCGUCUGAAUGCCUUGGGUUGAAUUAGAUGUUGAUAUGUUAAUAUGUUAAUAUGUUGUUUUCUAAGAUGUUAUGUAAAUUAAAAAUAAAGCAUUUAUAUUGAGUAA